AUGCUUCAGGAGAAGACCUCAGUGGUCACUGACGAAGGCGUGACUGUGACCCAGUCUGGGCCUCCGGACCACGCUACUGACUCUGCACAUCUGACACUGCCUACAACUCCCAGCAUUACCCACAACAAUGAACCUGACCAGAGCAUAGAGAACAUUAAAGUGGUGCUACAUGAACGGGAGCUGUGGAAGAAGUUCCAUGAAGCAGGAACAGAGAUGAUCAUCACCAAAGCAGGCAGGAGGAUGUUCCCAAGCUACAAGGUCAAAGUCACGGGGAUGAAUCCAAAAACAAAGUACAUCCUUUUGACAGACAUAGUUCCAGCUGAUGACCAUCGCUACAAGUUCUGCGACAACAAGUGGAUGGUGGCAGGAAAAGCUGAGCCGGCAAUGCCUGGGCGGCUCUACGUGCAUCCAGAUUCGCCUGCCACCGGGGCACACUGGAUGAGGCAGCUGGUAUCCUUCCAAAAGCUGAAGCUCACCAACAACCACCUGGACCCAUUUGGACACAUCAUCCUGAAUUCUAUGCACAAAUACCAACCUAGGUUGCACAUAGUGAAGGCAGAUGAGAACAACGCCUUUGGGUCCAAGAACACUGCCUACUGCACUCACGUCUUCCAUGAGACUGCCUUCAUCUCUGUGACAUCUUAUCAGAAUCAUAAGAUCACUCAGCUGAAGAUCGAGAACAAUCCCUUUGCCAAAGGUUUUCGUGGAAGUGAUGAGGGAGACCUGCGUGUGUCCAGACUCCAAGGGAAGGAUUACCCGGUGAUAUCCAAAAACAUGGUACGACAACGUCUGAUCUCUUCACACAAUCACCUGACAGGGAAGCUCAGUUCUGGGGUGCUAAGCGGGCAUCCACAGGUCCUCUCCCAUUACCAGUAUGAAAGCAGUGUCCCCUUGUCCAAUGUCGAUCCUCAGGAGCCGCUUCCAAACCCCUUCCCUUCCAGCCGAGACUCAAGUCUGAUCUACCACUGCUUCAAGCACAGAGAUAACAGCAGGCAUUUGGAACUGGGAUGUAAGCGACCCUACAUUGACACAGUGCCCUCCACCAUGUCAGAGGAGCACUAUUUCCGCACGGCUCCCUCCUAUGAGCCGCCUUUACUGUCUCAUCCAUACCGCGGUGAGAUGAUUGGCUCCAGAGAUGCCUGCAUGUAUGGAGGUAUGGAUGGCGAGGCUGGGGCAGGUGGGGCAGCAGGCUCUGAAGACAUGCCUCCCCACUCUCUGAACUGCAAUAUGUGGGCCUCGGUGCAGCCGUAUCCGCGGUACGGGAUGCAGACUGUGGAAGCCAUGCCUUACCAGCCCUUCACCGCUCACUUCACCAGCACGGCUACGGCCACCUCCGUGGUGCCCCAUCACUCUCCGUCCAUGCAGCGCGUGCAGCACGGCCCUCCAGACCUGCCGGUAUUCAACACGGCCACCGCACAGAGGGCUCUGCCCCCUGCGCCGUCUUCGACGCCUUCCUCUUCUUCCCCAUCUGGCCACAACACGCAGGACAGGUCUGCCGAGCCUCCCCUGUACCACAGGAAACCUGGGUCGCCUUUGCGGCCUCAUCGGGAUUACCCGGCCUUUCAAGCACAGAGCCUCACGUCGGCACGAGAGCCAAACUAUCAGUAUCAGAUGGGCCUUGGUAGUGUGGGGACACACUGGACUGACAGUUAG